AUGGGAAUGAUCCUUCCUCAUGAUUCACUUUCUGGACUGCCAGAAUUCAUAGCAAUUACCCAUAUGAUUGUUCACAAGGACAAGUUGCUUUUUGUUGUAAGAAAGCUUUGCAGUUGGCACCAGGAACACUACCGAGCCUAUGAACUGAAAGUGUGUCCCACAAAGGCUAUUGAUGGACUGGUGGACUACAGAGUCAUAAUGGCAGUUAAAACUGUUAGACUGCUUGUUAUCCUAAAAGAAGACAGUAGCAUUCGAAUGGACCUUGAAAAUGGUAUCCCUGACAAUGUUGAACAGUUAAUUGAAGAGGUGAAGAAUUCAUGUGGACUCGAAGAAAAUUUAAGGCUGCAGUAUAAGGACAUGGAUUUUGAAAUUUUGAGAACACAGCAAUGGCCAAGAGAGUUUCCCAUCCCUGUUUUCUCCAACAACACUGAAUGCCAACUGGAAAAGGGAAAUGCUGAAUACAGCAAAAGUCAGACUAGACUGAAUCCCAGUCCAAAAGUACUAUCCGAUAUACUAGAUAAAGUGGCUGAAGAAAUCUACAAAUACAAAGCUUAUCCUACUGAUGCUGACUUUAGUGAUGUUGCAAAGGCACUGACACAGAAACACCCUUGCUUAAGAGAGCCAGGCUCUUUCAACGAGAACUAUGGUUGGAAGCAAAGAUUUAAAUACAAGAUGGGUAAUAAUCGUACUCUGCUUCGUUCAAAUUGCUCAUCACCCGAGCUCAUAAUGAAUUCUCUGAAACAUAUAUCUCACGAUGACUCCCUCCCAACAAUGAACAUAAAGAGAGCAAAAAGAGCUGAUGCUAACCACUAUCCCUCACUCCCCACUGGUAAAACUCCAGACAGCCUGGAGGAACAGAGAAUAUCUCUGCUGAAUGAGGUAAAAAAGAAAAAGAAUGGAAAUACAAUAAAGAUGAUGAUGGCCAAGACAUUCAGGUACAGGAGACAGGAAAUUGUGGGUAAACUGCCCAGGACUGAGAAUGUUGUUGAGAGAUGGCCAACACUUUUUCAGGUGGAUGAGAUCAAUGCAGAGUUUAUUCGGAUUACAACAGUUCCUCUGCAAGUGAGAUUCAUCUCUCAAUCUGACACAUACUCUAGUCAGCUACUGGAAAUGAUGAGGAGCAAGGCUGGAUCCAUUGGGGAAAGGACCACCACCAUCCUCAGGGUUCUAAAACAGGAUGUGGACAUCAAUAUCAAGAGAGAUUGUAUUCUGAAAUCGCUCAUUGUCUACAUGGAAGAGAAGGCUGAGAAUCUAAUCCGAGAAUUCUUGGUUUCACAAGAGAUGGAAGCAUCUGGUGAUCUUCAGCUUGCAGCCAUGGCCAUCACUGUCUUUAGAGAAGAUGAAGACCUUUCUUAUCUACCCAAAGACAUAGGGGUCAUCAUCGAAGGAGUUAUGGUCCUCAGUGGUUUGCCUACAGUUACAAUGGUGUUCAUCAUGUUAUUAGGGCUCAUCUACGUACUCAACCUCCAGUGCCCCAAGGAAUUUAAAUUCACUUUUGAGGUUGCUCAAAAAAUCCUGAUGGGGCUCGACACAAAACAAAUGACUGCAAGAGUCAAAAAACUACAUUCUGCACUACAGAGUGCAUCGUAGACAGUUUGACAGUCUGUAUGUAAAUAUUAAAAUUAUUAGUUAUAGUUUUGAAU